AUGGCGUCUCCCGAAGACCCCUUGACGAAGGAGCCCCUGGAAGAAGGAGGCGAGAAGUUGGGGACGAAAAAGCCCCCCAAGCUCCCCGAGGUGGAGGAAGUGAAGGGCGGCCUCCCCGAGCCGCAAGGCCCGUGGCUGCAGUUUAGUCGCGGCAGCAGCCCCAGCGACUACUACGACGACUUCACCGACGACGACGACGACGACGACGACCCGGAGGACAUGUUCUUCUCGCGCAGACGAGCUAUCGCUGAUCGAGCGCGCGCUACUGAGAUGUCGGGUUUCUUUAAUCGUCCCGUACUACUGCACGGCAUCUUGCAAGACUUGAAUGAGGACGGGCGGAGGAGGUUUCAGCGCAAACUGCGCGAGAUCCCAAUCCAGGAGGGCUUCGUCCGCAUCCCCGAGGAGGCGCUGCAGGAGGCAGAUGAGUCGCGCCUCGAAGACCUGCUGCUCAGCUACUACGGCGCAACUUACGCCCGGAAGGUGGCGGCCCAAGCACUGAGGGCCAUGGGCUGCGAGGACGAGGCCCACAGGCUCAUCUCCAACCGGGGAAGUUAUGGAAUGCAGAAGAAUGAAAGAAAUAAAAAAGUGUGGUCACUGGAAGGAGUCACUAUCACUGGUGACGAAAUGGUCUGCAAGGGAAGAAAAGAGUUACUUGAAAUUGUUGAAAAGGACCUAGAAUUCUUUUUAGCUAUAUUAUACUAUGGCUCUAUUAUCACACUGAAAGAAUACAUGGACUUGCGGAAAGCAAAGGAAGAUUCCAAGGAGAAAUGUCAAAAACUGCUGAAUAUGAUCCAGGAAAGGGGGGAGGCAACUUGUUGCUGGUUCCUGGAACAAGUAGAAAGGAAACAUCCAGGCUCCAUUCAGAUUCUGCUAGCUGCAGUCCAUGGCUCAGGUAAAAAAUUGGUCCAGGCUACAGGCUCCUCAGUGGCGCAGUCAGAAUCCCGACUAUUUGCAGAGGAAGUAAGAAGAACCAAGAUGGAAAACCCAGCAUCUUCUGGGACAAGUGUCGUGUGUAACCUGUGUCCCAGUGAGGAUCUUCCAGAAACAGUCAGACCAGAGGUGUUUUCGGACUCAGAACGGAGUCAUGAAAUAUACAGACUGUGUUUCACAAAGGCUGGAUCCUUCCUUUGCUUGUAUACUGAUGUCAUAUUUGAGGUGAAAGGAGCUGUGACCAUCACCUACCACUUUGAUUCAUGGUCUAAGUACCUGGCCAAACAGAACACGGGGAAUUGGGUUGUCGCUGGGCCUUUGAUCAACAUUGAAGCAGAUCCAGCAGAGGCUGUGGCAGCUGUUCACUUCCCUCACUUCUUGUGUCUUGCAGGUAAAGAUGGUUCCCAAGUCCACAUUGCACAUUUUGUGGAAGGGGGGAUAAGUUUAGAGAAGCCAGACAGAGUGGGGCCAUAUCAUGUUAUUUUGGAAAACCCAAACUUCUCUCCACGUGGAGCCAUUUUGAAAACGUCAUGGUUUAAGCGGAAGAUACGGGUCCACACUGUGGCACUGCUCUAUCAAAUGUUUCAGUUCCAGCCCCCAGCAUUCCACCUGUACCUCCUACCCAAUGACCGUUCCAUCACAAAGGCGGUUCAUGAGCAUGAAGUACAGUGUCCUUCACAGAGAAUAGAGAAACCCCCUUGGACCCUGAAACCUUUGACAAUUGGCUGUCGCUUCUUUGUGAAGACAAAUGAUGUCAGAGUCUGUCCCAAGGAAGUGAAAUUUCAAUAUCUGGAUGCUGACAAGAUGCAGCAGUACGUGGAAUUGUCUGCUGAGCAAAUGCAAGACAUGUUCAACUUCAGCGUGAUGGACAAGCGCAAGAAUGAACUCAUCUGGGAGGCGUUUGUGACACAAAAAGACUUAAAGUCCCCUGAGAUGAAUUCUUCUCCUCCAUACUCAGAACAAGGUCAGCAGAUUUUAAUUACUUAUUUCCGCGUACUUAAAUACCACCUUCCUCCCAAUGAGAGCACAGAGUGGCUGGUGAUACAAUAG